AUGCACGCCCCUGGAACCUCCAACCAAGCUAACCGAAAAUGGCCCGGCACGCGCUUGCUGAUGCCUGAGGCGAUGCUCCCACAACGAAUUGCGCGGGCCUCGGCCCUGCGUAGCGGCAUGGCAGCUGCUCGACGACUUCCUACGAUCCAGCGCCGAACAUUCCUCCCCGAUCAGUACACCGACAAGAAGGUCAUUGAUCAGAAGUACCCCGAGGCGCCCAGCAUGACCGAGGCGGAGGAUCCCGGAAUGAACGGCGGCUACAUCAACCCACCCCGAAUUAAGCGACAGUUCCGUGACCCUCACGGCAACUGGUGGGAUCCCCAGGAGCGACGAAACUUUGGUGAACCCAUUCACGAGGAUAACGAUGUUUUGGGAAUCUUUUCUCCCUGGGAGUACACUUGGACCACCGCCGGUCCCGGUGCCGUCAUGGUCGGAACCUUUAUCGCCGUUUUCAUGAGCGUCACUGGAAUUGUUUAUCUUAACUACCCCGACCGCCCGGCCUACCCCCGAGCGUUUGAGGGUGGUCUGGAGCGAGAGCUUGGUGGACCAGGAGCUACAAGGAUUGAACCCCGCGAUGAGGUCUACGGCAGCUACUACACUGCCCUCAGGGAGGUCAACGGUUCUGCGGCAGCUACUGCCUUGCAAAUGUCUCCUUCCGCAAAUGUGGUUUGGGCAAGAGCCCGGGGCAAGUCCAUAACCUACUCGACUUUGAUCUAUCCCAAUUGCUUCUGCUACUAUUACUACUCCCUCAUCUUCAUCCCACAUUCCUUCCAACCACCAUCAUGCGGAAUUCAAGGUGGCAUGCUACGUUGUCCACGAUACAGUUCCGCCUUUGCCGCCCUAGAUAUCACCUGGCCGUAUAUCGUGGCGCGUACAGAUACAAAUGACGCUAUCGGAUUCCCCGUAUUCCAACAAGAGCUUCUUUGUCAGCCUCAUUGGAGCGCGGCCGAUAACCUUGGCCGUAUCAAAAUCGUCAUCAGCGAGGGCAUCUACCAUGGUGCACAAGACGACGCCUUCCAAAGAGUCCGCGAUCACGUGGUCUUUUCCUUCCAGCAUGCACCUCAAGGUCAGAUUCUGAUCGAAAGCAAUCAAUCCUCUGAGUGCAAUUCCAUCUGCCCCGGAACUCCCUCAUUCUACUUGGACAACCAGCCCACCUAUCCAAAUGCGAGCGUGGCAAUGUCCUGGGGCCAUACCGUUCCACUACACAAUCAAGACUUGACGCCACAUAUGUCAACUCCCGAAUUGCGUUUUUACAAAGAGGACUGGCCAGAUUCACCCAUGUUUGCCGGCGCUAUGCUUGCAUCGGUUCAUCAAACUCAACAGCAGGUGCAGCAGCAGCAGAUGUACACCCCAUCCAACGGUAGUGUUCCCAUGCCUCUCGUCCGACUUCAAACACAGAGUCCUGCAAUUCAUGGGUCGACCAAACUCGGCCGACGAACUGCUCCAAACAAUCCUGCCAGACUUCUUUUCGCUCCUCCAGCUCAUAAUGCACCGCAAACGUUCCAGUCGGACACAAUCAAGAGACCGGCCAAGCGAGCCCGCGCUAACACUCCAAGAUAG